GAGAGAAAUAGAAGGGAGGGGCAGAAGUAGGAGGGAGCAAAGCACUGAGGCCGCCGAGCCGAGCUAUCCCUUCCCUUCCCUCGCACGCGCAGGCACAGCUCUCAGAUCCAAAAGCCCAAGAGAAUCGCGCCAGUUCCCUCGCCAUCGCCAUAGCUAGAUGCGCGCCGCCGGCUGCUGCCGCUGCUACUGUUGCUGCUGCUAGGUUUCCGUGGAGAUGCCGGGCGCUGAGGCCGACGGCGGCGGCGGCGCCGGCGCUUCCUCCUCCUCCACUGCAGAUAGUUUCGACGCCGGGCAGUACGCCUUCUUUGGGAAGGAGCCGCGCGACGGGCUCGAGCUAGGUUGCUUGGAGGUUGAUGGUGGCCAUGGCAAUGGCGGUGGAUUCAGCGGGCCAGAGGAUGCUGGCUUGUACCGGCUCUCUUCGGUGGGAGAAGAGAUCGACAAUCUAAGUAACUUGUCGGACGUCGAUGAUCUUGCGAGUACUUUUGCUAAGUUGAACCGAACCGUUAGUGGAACACGGAAUCCUGGUGUUAUCGGUGACAGACGAUCCAUUUCAAGAGGAAGUUCUUUAACUGUUGAUUGGACUGAGGAUGUGGAGUUUCCCAAUUAUCAAGAUAUAUUAGAAAAUGAGGAAUUCCAGGAAGGUAAAAGAUGGUGGUCAUCGCAGUCACAUUCUUUGGUGCAGCAAGGGGACAACAAACCGUUAAGUCGAACAUCUUCCUAUCCUCAGCAGCCACUGCAGCACCGUUCCAGUGAACCUAUCACAGGACCAAAGUCUCCUCCGUUUACCUCGUUUCCGCCACCAGGUGGUAGAUCACCACAUCCUGCUCAAGGUCUUACACGUCAUGGGAGCAUUCCAUCAUUUGGAGCUGGGAUACAGAUGGGUUCUCCGAGCAUGCCACUGCCAGGUUCCCCGUAUCAUAUGGUUGGAUUACCUCAUGGACUACCAUAUGGGGGAAGCAUGCCCUUUGGUGGUCCUAAUAUGCAUGUAAGCAAUCCAAUGCAAAAUGACUGGUCAAACCAAGCCAACCUGUUCACUGGGGAGCACCUUAAUCUACUGCCAAACUUGUUACAGAAACAAAUAUCGCUUCCGAAUAGCCCAAUGUCAUCACUGCUAUUCUCUCAGCAACAGCAGAGAUUGGCACAGCUCCAACCAUCCCACCAUCAGAAUUACCUAAAUUUACCACCCCACCUAUUCUACCAUCAUCACCCCCCAGAGAUACCAGGCAGGUUUGAAUCUGCUACCAGUCUUCCUUCAUCAAGAGACAAGAGAUCAAGAUCAGGAAGGGGGAAACACAGUUUACGUUUUUCUCAACCACCAUCUGAUACUACUGGUAGUCAGAAUGGUGAGAGUGGUGGACUGAAGUUUAGAUCCAAGUACAUGUCAUCUGACGAGAUUGAGUCUAUUCUAAGAAUGCAGCACUCAGCAAGUCACAGCAGUGAUCCUUAUGUUGUUGAUUAUUAUCAUCAAGCUUGCAUGGCGAAAAAGGGUUCCAGUUCUAGGCAAAAGACCAAUUUCUCCCCAACAUCAAUUAAAGACUUGCCCUCCAAGUCCAGAUCAAGUGGUGACCAGCAUGCAUAUCUUCAGGUCGAUGCUCUUGGGAGAGUUUCUUUCUCUUCCAUUCGCAGGCCCCGGUCUCUUCUUGAAGUUGACAAUCCUUUGUCAGGUGAGGGUCCUCAUGAUCAGAAGUCUUCCGUGAGGUCCCUGGAGAAAGAACCUAUGCUAGCAGCCAGGGUCACUGUUGAAGAUGCCAUUGGUCUUCUUCUUGAGGUGGAUGAUAUUGACAGGCUCCUGCAGUCUAGCCAGGCACAGGAGAACAGUUUCCAGCUGAGGCGAAGGCGACAAGUUCUCCUUGAAGGUCUAGCCGCAUCACUUCAGCUUGCUGACCCUCUUGGGCCCAGCAAAUCUGCCAAUUCAUCUGGGUUAGCCCCUAAGGAUGAUAUUGUCUUUCUUCGCAUUGUUUCUCUUCCCAAAGGACGUAAGCUUCUGGCUCGUUAUAUCCGGCUUAUUGUCCCUGGAAGCGAGUUGACCAGGAUUGUAUGCAUGGCUAUUUUCCGACACCUGAGGUUCUUGUUUGGGGGUUUACCAUCAGAUUCAAGUGCAGCAGAGACAACAGUUUCUCUGGCAAAGACUGUUUCGACUUGUGCUCACCAUAUGGAGCUCGGUGCUCUUAGUGCUUGCCUUGCUGCAGUUGUCUGUUCAUCUGAACAACCACCUCUCCGUCCUCUUGGUAGCUCUGCUGGUGACGGGGCUUCUCUUAUUAUCAAGUCAGUACUGGACCGAGCAACUGAGUUGCUGACUGAUCAGCGUGCCGUAUCCAGCUAUACCCCGUCAAACCGAGCUCUCUGGCAGGCAUCGUUUGAUGCUUUCUUUGGGCUUCUGACAAAAUACUGCCUCAGUAAGUAUGAAAGUAUUCUGCAGAUGUUUGUGAUGCAGGCAUCAGGCUCUGUGAUUGGAUCUGAAGCCUCCCAAGCAACUAGCAGGGAGAUGCCAGUUGAGUUGCUACGUGCAAGCCUUCCUCACACAAACGAGCAGCAACGGCAGAUGCUGCUCGAUUUCGCUCAGAGAACCACGCCAGCCAGCAGUUUUACCCCCCCUGGUGCUAGCGGUGGACACAUCACUUCUGAAUCGGUUCCUGGUUGAUAUAGCUCAAGGCCUGGAGCAAUUAUCUUUGGAUGGUGAUUCUUAUAUCUGAAGACAUGAAUGAUUGCGCCCUUGAUAAGUAAAGGUGUGAGCUUGCAGAAGUUCCAUGGGCUCAGGAAAGUAGCCUUAUUCAGUCUGUGACUUAAAGUGUAGGUUUCAGAUUAAUCUCAUAGACCAACAAAAAGAGAUGGAUCCCCCCUUUUAUGUGGGUCAUUUACUAUAGCACACCCACCUGAUGAUCACAAAUAGACCGUGGAGAACAUGUACUUGUAUUGCUGUAACUCUGUGCAGUGGAUGAACCGGUCAGCUCGCUCGUCGGGGCAAUCUAGUUUUUAACGUUUAUGCGCCCUUGGCGAAGAAGACCGUAGUGUACAGGUUCGACUGCUGGGGCCUUCGUGUCUGUUCUUUUUACUGGAGCAUGGAAGGUGCCAAGGAGUCAAGUGUGGAGUCUGGUCCAUCUGUUUUAUUUAGGACCAGGUAUGUUGGAAUAAUGAUGGGUAAGUGCUAUUUAUAGGGUACUGCUGGAAAGAUGUUUCUUCUUCGUUGCAACAUUUUAUAGAUGUGUCAUGUCCCUCCCAGGUAUCCACUGAUAUUAUAGUGGAGCACUGGAAAUGGAAGCAUUGUCAUUUGUUCAUCUUUUUUACUGUAGUUUGGCACUUUGUUUUUCUCAAGGGAUGUGGGUGUUGGGAUUUAAGCCAGUCUAGUUGGCUACUAUAGAACAAUGCAAUUGUAUCUGCCUCAGAAUCGAAGAUGGAAAUUAUAGAAUUACAAUCAACCA